AUGGCUGAUACCAACGCCAAGUUACAAGAUGUCGUCUACCUCGACACACUUGACGAUGAGACUGGGACCACUUUCGCUGGCGACAGAAUUGCCCUGGAAAAGAAGCUUUUGAGAAAGAUCGAUACGAGGAUGAUGCCAAUGAUGAUGCUUAUCUACGUACUGAACUAUCUUGAUCGCAAUAACAUCGCUGUCGCUCGCCUUGGAUCUUUCGAAAAGGACCUUGGGCUACAUGGAACCCAAUACAACACCAUCAUCAGUAUCUUCUUUGUCGGCUACAUCUUGACACAGAUCCCGACGAACAUGAUCCUAGACAAAGUCCGACCCUCGCUGUUCCUACCGGUGAUCAUGUGCUGUUGGGGGGCUGUAAGUGCCUGCUCGGGAGCCGUGCAAAACUACCAUGGAAUGAUAGCCCUACGUUUCUUGUUAGGUUUCGUUGAAGCACCUUUCUUUCCGGGAUCUCUUUUCCUCUUUUCAUCUUGGUACACGAAGAAAGAACUUGCAAAGCGCAUCUCAAUCCUUUACGCAGCAGGUCAGCUCAGUGGAGCCUUUGGGGGUCUUCUUGGUAGUGCCAUCAUGGGUGGAAUGGAAGGCAAAGCAGGUCUUGCUGCCUGGCGAUGGCUUUUCAUCAUCGAGGGGACUGCAACCAUCCCUAUUGCUUUCGCAGCUGCUUUCAUCCUGCCAGACUACCCUGAGACGACAAAAUGGCUGACAGAUCAAGAACGACGCCUGGCAAUGCUACGUAUUGCAGAGGAUGCGAAUGAACAGGACGUUCACAAGUCAAGUUCUCGUGAAGGUCUCAAACUCGCAUUCACCGACCCAUCGCUAUAUAUCUUGUGGUUCAUGCAAUUAGCAUUGAACACGUCAGCGAGCUUCACCAAUUUUUUCCCUACAAUUGUCAAGACUCUUGGAUAUGACAAGACUCAGACGUUGCUGCUAUCAGCCCCGCCGUACGUCUUCGCCGCAAUCCUGGGCAUCACCAAUUCCUGGCACUCCGAUAAGACCCGAGAACGCUGGCUUCACGUUGUCUGGCCUCAGGUAUUCUGCAGUAUCGGAUUCAUCAUUUCCGCGGUCACGCUCAAUGUCGCGGCACGAUAUACAGCAACUUUCAUGAUGAUGUCGGUAUAUGGCAGUUUUGGAUGUAUCUUGUCAUGGGUAUCAUCUACCCUGCCACGUCCAUCAUCGAAACGUGCAGUCGCCUAUGCUGUCGUCAAUGCUGGAAGUAACCUAGCGAGUAUCUACGCGAGCUAUUUCUACCCAGUGUCGCAGGGACCACGAUAUUGGCAAGCCAAUGUCGCCAAUGUGGCAUUCUCGGCAGCUUGUAUCGCACUUGCUACCACGCUUCGAUUCUACCUCAGCUGGAGGAACAAAACACUUGACAAGGCCAGCGAAGAGGAUAUCGCAGAAGGCACAGACACGAAGGUUGAAGCGUUGGCACAGCGAUGGCAUUGUCAUCCUGACUACAGAUACACAUUGUAG